AUGAGCGUGCCGCAGUUCUUAGACGCUGCGGAUUCUUCUGCCGAUCUGCAGAUAUGGAACAACGCCGCCUUCGACAACGGCGAGAUUUCUGAAGAUUUGGCGGCAAGCAAGCAGCCCUGGGUAUCUCUGAAGCCGACUUUCGGAAACCCUAAUUCCUCUUUCGAUUCCGUUUCUGAUAAAGAAAAUCAAGUUUUCGCAUCAUUGAAUCAAAAUCAAUUCCCCUCUGUUUCCCCUUUCCCCAAAUCGACCUCUACGACACCGUUUAAGCAGCUCACCGAGGUCGAAUCAGUUCAGAGAUCGAAAAUGAGAGCAAUCGAGGACAAGGGUUUCGAGAAAAAUCGAGUCUUGAAAAUCGACGAGGAGAUUGAAGAAAUCGUGUUGCAAAUGGCGCGAUUGAACUCGAGAUUGGAGGCUUUAAAAGCGGAGAAGGAGAGCGCCGGAGCUGUGGAGAAGAGAGGGAGAGUCGUUGCGGUGAAGUUCAUGGAGCAGAAACAGGGCAGCAAGAAUGAUGAGAUUUCGAAUUUGGGCGCUAGAACAAAGGCUAACAGAAGAGGGAUUAGUUUAGGGCCAGCAGAAAUCCUUUCUGCAGGGCGUAGAGGGAUGAGUUUGGGGCCUUCGGAGAUUUUCGGGGCGGCGAAAUCGAGGCAGAUGGUGAUCAACACCACCUCUCUGCAGAGUAGGAGGCAAUCUUGCUUGUUUAAGUUGCAGGGGAUUGAUGAGGAGAGGGUGGAGAGCUGCAGUUUGAGCCCGAAAUCGAGGAAAUUUGCUGCGAAAUCGAGGCAAGCCGUGACCACCAUUGGUUCAAGAAAGGCUGUGAAGAAGGAAGAAUCUGUUUUAAGCUCAGUCCAGCCAAAGAAGCUGUUUAGGGAUGGCGAGAAAUCGGUUCCAAACAAGAAGGCGUCUAGGCCGGGGAGGGUGGUGGCGAGUAGGUUUAAUCAGGGCGCGUCUCAGGCUUCGGCGAUGAGGAAGAUAUCGUUGCUGGAGAGUGAUGGUGAUGCAGGGAAAAGGGUUGAGAAGACGCGGUCUUUUUCCGUGGGGAAGACGAGGGCUAAUGAAGGCGAGGGCCGGGUGAAGAAAAGGUGGGAGAUUCCUAGUGAGAUUAUAGUUCAUAGCAGUGUGGGGGGAGAGGGAGAGGGAGAGGGGGAGAAGUCUCCUGGAUGUGUUGUGGCAGCGCCUGGCCUUCUUCCGAGGCUGAGGAUCGCUCGCUGCAACAGGAGUCCACGUGACUCGGGGCCUGCCAAGAAGGUUGCUCAACUAGUUGGGAGGAAGUCAUACUUUUCUAUUGAUGAGGGAGUGGACGUGGAGAAUUCUGUGUGUCAAGUUCUGAGCUAUGACGAAGAUGAUGAAGAAGAAGAGCGUUGA